UCAUUCAGAGUGUUCAAUCAAGAGAGAGAAUUAAGAUAUAAAAAAUCAGUAGAGAGAUGGCGUACAACGUAUUCGGCAACCCCAUCGAAAGCUCGACUUUGAAAGGGAUGCCAGAGUUCGAGUGCAAGGCAAUAGAAAGAAAAGACAGGGCAAAAGUGGCUCUGCAGAUGAAAAACGUCGGGGAGAAGGACCUUAAAGCCCUUACGUUUGUGGAGAAUUUGAAGAAGCAGCAUGGUGAUGAAAUCUCCACACUUUGCCUUGUUUACAAUGCAACUGGGGACACCGUAACAUACUCUAUAAGUAAGGAUUGGUGUGGACACAUUGGACACUCCCCCUACCCAGCACUCAUUGCAAAUGGGCAAUGGGGUGCCUUUCUGCAUGUCCAAAGCGUUGGAAAGUUUGAAGGAUCUGCCGGCAAUGUUGUGUACAACGGCAAGACCAAGGACGGUGAGGACCGCGGAUGGAUGCUGGCGUGGAGCAACAAUAGGGUUGCCGGGAAAAACUCGGUGUUUACUGAGAAUCGACCAGCUGAACACUAUGUGAGUAAUGUUGGUUGGAUCCCCAUAAUCUAUGAUGGUUUGAAUCAAAAUCGCAUCUACAAGAGUGAGACUUGGGGUGGCUGCGUGUCAACUAUCUCAACUGGAACUGGCACUUCCCCAAUAGUUGAAGCAAUACUCACAUUAGAAGAUGCCUGAGUUAGUCUUUUAUUUUGGCAUGCACAAUAAAAUGGUGUGAACGAAUACUAUAUCACAGCAUGUUGUAUUUUAUUUCUUGUGUUUGUAAUUUGCAGCUUCUCCUUCUUGGUAAGCAUGCGCUUGUGUUUCAUAUAAUCUUUCUGUUUUGAUAUAUUGAAGAUUGCUUUCAGGGGCUAUCUGAUUUGUUAAUGCUAUUUGAGGUUUAAGUUUUAACCUCC